UUAAGGUUCGGCCCCAGGGAAGUGACGACUGGCCUGCCCUUGACGGGCAGGGAGGGCUAAGUGUUGCGUCUCUCAGCUCGCGCCUCAGGGAGAUGGCCCAGCGAUUUCUCCUGAGGAGGUUCCUCGCCUCCAUCAUCUCCAGGAAGCUCCCUCAGGGCCGGUGGGCACCGCUCACCUCCAAGGCCCUGCAGAUCCCACCGUGCAGUCCUGGUGGCCUGACAGUAACGCCCAGGGCAGCCCGGACAAUAUUCACCACCAGAGUGUGCUCCACAACCUUUAACAUCCAGGAUGGACCUGACUUUCAGGACCGAGUGGUCAACAGUGAGACGCCAGUAGUUGUGGAUUUCCAUGCACAGUGGUGCGGCCCCUGCAAGAUCCUGGGGCCAAGGCUAGAAAAGAUGGUGGCCAAGCAGCGCGGGAAGGUGGUGAUGGCCAAGGUGGAUAUAGAUGACCACACAGACCUCGCCAUCGAGUAUGAGGUGUCGGCUGUGCCCACUGUGCUGGCCAUCAAGAAUGGAGAUGUGGUGGACAAGUUUGUGGGCAUCAAGGAUGAGGAUCAGCUGGAGGCCUUCCUGAAGAAGCUGAUUGGCUGACGAGCAGGGAAGAAUCCUUACUGCCCUUGCCCUCUGAGACCCCUGGUCCCGGGGAGGGAGCCUGGUAGAGCUCACAGUCCUUCCAGCCACCCCCGUCUGCUCCCUGGGACCAUGCUUUGAGACCAGCUUCCAAACACGGAGACGCUGGUGCUUCCGAGCUGGCCAACUGCCAGUGGCCAUCAGAGGAGUGGUGGUGAUGCCAACCUGGGACAUCGCCUCCCACCCAUCUCCUUUCGUCCCCUCCCUCCGAGGCCCACGGCAGUUCUCCCCAGACGCUAGCAAGAGCCUGGGGCCAGCCUGCAGUGUGGCUCUCCAGGCAGCAGCAGUUGGUGCUCACUUCUUGGUCCCCUCUGAUACAAACCCCGAGCCUGGCUCCUCAGCCUGCUGCAUUUGUCUUUCCUGCUGCUCUUUUGUAAAAACAAAAAGGAAAACAAAAGCUAAGUGAGUGAGAGUAAUAUAUAAUCCUCUCGUUUU